AGGACCUCCUUCCUGUCGUGUGUAGUCUUCCAGAGCUAAUUUCACAUACUACAACUUCUGCUCAGUCUUCGCUUCCACUUCAACAAAGAUAGAUAUGGCGCCAUGCAGCUGCGCUUUCUGUUCAUGUUUCUGUUUCUCUGCCUCGUAAACCAGAUGGAAGCGUACAAUUUUUGGCUUUUAGCGAUAGAGCUGUUUUUCGUGGUCCUAUGAAAUACACUACAGCUGCACUUCUACUUUUAAGGAAUGUUUAUUUGAGAUGCGGCGCCGACAGAUACCCAUACCACCUCUACUCCCAUAAGACCCGCGGUGGAGGACGUCAAUUUGUUUUCAACUCACCAUUUUCAAAAACAAAAAUGCAGUCCUCGUUCACUGCGCAAGGGAAAAAGACCUCCCUGGGAGGAAACUCCGCCUUCAGUAGUGGCUCGAGCGCAGCUGCAGCUUCGGGUGCGGCUAGUUUCCCCGAACGCACUGCAGUUCCCGGAGGUCGGCCACCAUUUUCAGGACAAGAGCCCGGGGCUGUGUUUGGAGGAGCUCCGCCUUCCGUGCCAAAAGGCGUUGGUAGUUCAACAUCCCCAGCGGUACCAUUCGGCGGGGCUUUUGGCGCUGGAUUUAGUUUUAAUAAUUCCGCGGUGUUCGGACAGCAAAACAGCUUUUCGUCCAGCGCAUUUGCUAGGGGCAAUCCAGCUACAACUUCUACCUUCGGACAAGGGUUUGGAUUUCAGCAACCCGCCCCGCAGAACUUUUAUACUGGAACAGUCCAGCAGUCGAGAAACAAUGCCGGUCAGCCGGAACCGUUGCAACAGCAGCAGUCAAGCGGCAGCUCCGGGCAAUUCAACAAAACCAGCUUCAAUUUCGCGAGUCUGAACCAGAUGAACUUUGGCGGCGGCCAGUUCGCCUCCGCGUCCGCGGGCGCAGCGGCGCUUCUUGCUCAGCAGCAGAAGCCAGAAGGCAUGCAAAAUUUUCCAUUUCAACCUCAGCAUCCUGCGGUUAGUAGCAAGACCAGUACGGCGAAACAGAAGAGAAGGAGCUCGGGCGCCUCUCCGCGGACGCCGGCGAAGCGGUAUCUGCGCGACGGUGGUGUCGCGGGCGGUGCGGGUCCGUCCAAAACCAGAGCCAAAGAAGAGCAGCAGCAAGACACCGCGACGAGGCAACGCAACGCCGAGGCGGCUUUCGAGGAGUUCGUGACGAGUCGGAGCGCGUUCCGGAAAAAAACGGCGGUCGUGCCGCCGAGUAUUGGGUGCAAGGAAAAAUUAGAUGCGGACCCGCGGUUUCUCGGUACGAACUGUAGAGAAAUAGCCGGCGGAGGUCGUGGUGGCGGGAGCACUAGUAUUAGUAAUGCUGCUGCCGCAUCAAGUGCAAGGUUGUACCAUCCCGGGACUGCUGCAGGCAGAUUUGCAAAGAGCCGCGAAGGAAUAAUUCUUGCUGGAGCCACAGCCUCGGCAGUAGAUUCUGAAAGCAACAAAGACUACGGGUUGCAUUCUGCUACCAGCGGCUUUGGCGGCGCCGCCCGGCCACGGUUUUUGGACGGCGGUGGAACAACGACACACACGACCGGGGAGAACAGCAAUAGAGCCGGUGCGGGUGGGAUGACGUUGAGCAGCAGAUUAUUGUGAGGAAAAAUCCCCCCUCCCCAUGCCAGAGCGGGAUACUUCUCAAAAUUUGUGAUGAUGAUUUGAGGUUACAAAUCGUCUCUGUAUUGCAAGAAGACAAAGAAAAGACCCCGCCGCGUUCUGCAGGCAAUUUGUAGUGCUGCCUGGCCUACAGAGAAUGUCCCUACCUUGCUAGGCGCCUACGCCAAAACAGCCCUAAUCCGGCCUUGUAUCUGUCUGCAGUCCUCUACUGCAAGACAGAGCCGAUUUGUGUACACAAAUCCCGCAUCACAGAUUUCCAUUUCGAUAGGGGGUGGGGGGAUUUUUCCUUUUGAUACAGAUCAGUAGCUAGCGACGAUCCUAUAGAGGAGUUUUUCGAGGAUUUGUUGGAGAAUUGUUCUGCUAUUGUGGGGAAAAAUCUUGCCCCCAUAUUGCAAACGCAUCCUUCUGAAAAUUUGUGAUGCAGAUUUGUGGCCACAGAUCGGGUCUGUCUUGCAAGAAGCGACGCGCAGGGUGUCAGCCACGUUAUGCAGGCGAUUUGUAAUGCUGUAAGGCCUACAGGGUAGUCGUCCACCAUGCUAGGCGCCGACACCAAAAGGCCCCCACCUCGGCUCAGGAUCUGCGUGCAGUCCUCUACUGCAACACAAAUCUGAUUUGUGUAUCCAAGUCUAGCAUCGGAAAUUUCGUUUUGAUAUGGGGAGGGGAGAUUUUUCCUUUUGGUAUCUGCGAACGAACAACCAGUCACCGGUAGUGGUGAUAAACAUGAAUACGCAACUACGUCCACGACGCUGCUUUCGACGUCCACCAGUACUACAGCCCGACUGAAAAUGGUCCGUCCUUGGUACGCCCUCGCGAAUAGGGUGCGAAACGAAGUGGAGGCGGAGCUGGCGGAGGAGGAGAAGCAAAAGCUGGCGGUUCGGGAGGCUGUGAUCGGGUUGGACAAGAUCAAGCUCGAUGGAAUCGCAGAGGAAAAAAACACUGCCGGGGAAGUCGAUUUUUAUGCAGAUGAACAUCAUCACAACUUCCACGGGGCCGCCGUGGACGACGACGACGACCCCGUCGCAAGAACAAACGCCGGGGGCGUAGAAGUAGUUCAAGGGGACAAAGUUCCAAACGGUAAAAAUUGUCCAGCAGAUCCGAGCUCUGAAGCUACUUUGGAGAGCAAGCUCCCCCUCGACGCGUUUUCCCUCGCUCAGAUUCGGCAGCGAGAAAUAGAGAAACAACAAGCGCUGUUGACUUCUUCUUCUUCUUCUUCGCAGGGAGAUGAAGCCAAAAAGGCAACGCCUUCGCCGGAGCAGGAGGUGAUGACAUCUUCGGCGUCCAAGAACACGACCAAGCAUCUGUACGUUUUUGCGAACGAGAAGAACGCAAAAUAUGACAAAGAGCUGCAGCUAAAGGUGAUCGAAGAGAUGAGCAAGAACAGCGCGCACCGGCAGCACGCCUUGAUUUUGGACGCAAAAUCGGACGAGUUGGUGAAGAAAAAGGUGCAGCUGGCAAGUGAGUUGAAAGCGGAACUGAAAAACCACCCGGACAACUUUGUGCUCAACGCCGACAGCACAACUAGUAGUACCAGCAGCCACAAGCAGGACUACAAUAAGCCGGCGAAGAUCCGGCGCGUGGAGGACUUGCUGCUGAACCAGAAGCUUCCGCGGCUGCAAAAGUUCCAGCGGGAAGCGGAUAGCUUUUUGGAGAAUUUUCUCAAGCAAAACGCCAUGCUCGAGAGGUUGCUGCUGGACAGUAGCAAUACAAACUCCAGCACCGGCGCAGCGGGCAGCGGCGGUGGCCUCGUCGGGAAAAACAACUCAAGUGGUACAGCUGCGGAAAAAAAGUUUUGCGCCGUGAUGGAUAUGGACAUGUUCUAUGCCGCCGUAGAGAUUCGCGUAUCAAGUGCAAAUACAAGUAACCGGGUCUGGAAGAUAGCGAUCUUUCUUGUCAUGCACUACUUCCAAGUUGUUCCACACAGUCUGUCCGGAUAUGGACUACAGGCCUUGGCAUCGUAGUUUCCGCAGCCCCUUGACAAUAAUUACGCCUAUGCUGGUGCACGAGAGAGUUUUAUUUCUCAGCCCGGCCAAAAAUGGGCAUCUCUUGCAAGUCAUGCGAGACAGAUUUUUGUGAUUGUGUGACCCGCAACGCGCAUCACAAGGUUUUCGAGACCCAGACGUAUCUGCAAUUGAUAUUGCGACGCGCUGAACGACGAGGCGAACCCCACGGACCUCCGCGAAAGACCGGUAGCGGUGGGCGGCAUCGGCAUGAUUGCCACCAGCAACUACGUCGCCCGACGCUACGGCGUGCGGUCCGCCAUGCCGGGUUUCAUCGGCAAGGAGUUGUGCAAAAGACAAAAUAUUGGGCUGCACUUUGUGCAUCCCAACGUAUUCACUGCAAACAUGUGUGGGUCGCUCUGGAAGGGUUUGAGUUUGUCAUGCCAGGUCUGAUCGACACAAAGAUCUGUAUUGCGUAACCAACCAAAGUGCCCAGUUUCGGUUACGAAGCGGCAACAUUUCUCAUGCAGAAUAGGCAUCGAGGAGUCUGCUCAAAACUUGUGAUGCUAGGCUCGCGCUCUCCCUUCCUCCGGCCCCGGCUUCUCCUUCUGCGAAACCUCGUGCAUGAGAGGCCUUGCAUUCUUCCAGAACCAGACAUAUUCGCAAUGCAUACAACAUGGAAAAGUACAAGAAAGUGUCGGAGCAGGUGGUCGAGAUUUUGAAGCAAUUUCUCUCCGUAUCAAAAUGAAACUUGCCCCCACCCUUGAAUCAAUGUGGAAGUGUUUGUAUUGCGAAACUUCCCAAUGGAAGCAGUUGCCGCGUUGCACUUGCAUGUCCGUGUCAGCACGACAACUUUUCAACCCGAAGAAGCGAAAGUCUGUGUUGCGCAGCGCCACACCUGUGUAAGCGAUGGCUGUCGUCGUGUUGAAGUUGCGUUGUAACAGAGAUUCUGACACAAAGCGCACCGUAUUGUUUUCUUCAUACAAUACGAAAAGCUUUCGUGUGAAAAAUUUGCGAAGAAAGCUUUUCAUCGGUCUUCUGCUGGUGGGACAACGUGUUUCCUUUCAAUACUCCGAGGACGCUAUCAAAGUGCCGUCGAUGGACGAGUUUUACCUGGACCUGUCCCACGGUGCGGGUGUGGAAACCUUAGCGGACGUAUCCCACAGAAAAAAGCUUGCAGGGCAUGUUUGUAAUGCAAAAAUAAAUACACAGAAAAAUCUGUCAUGGGAGGCCUCAUAGCAGGCUAUGUAGGAUAUGCAAUGCGUUUUUUUUUGUCUAUUUAUUUUUGCAUUACAAAUUAAAUGACCUGCCAGUUUUUUUCUGUGUGAUAGGACGCGAGUGACCUGGUGCGGAGGAUCCGGGGGGAGAUCGCGACGCAGCUGCAUCUGACUGCGUCCGCCGGCAUUUCCGGGCAGAAUUUCAUGCUGGCCAAGAUGGGCGCGGACGUGGAAAAACCGAACGGCCAGUACGCCGUGCCCGCCGAGGAACGCAAGAUGCUGAAGUGGCUGCGGGCGCAAUCGGUGCGGAAGUUGUCCGGGGUGGGAAAGGUGACGGAAAAGAUCUUGAACGCCUUGGAGCUGCACAAAAUCCAGGACCUCUGGACCCACCGUGGCUUGCUUUUCGGCACCAUGACCGAGAAGGCGGCGCAGUUCCUGGUGCUCGCCAGUCACGGGCUGCCCCAGGUACGCGAGGAAAAGCCGCAGCAGUCCAUCAGCCACGAGAGCACGUUCGGGUAUCAGAGGGAAAAAUCCCCCCUCCCCAUAUCGAAACGAAGUUUCUGACGCUGGAUGUGCCUACACAAAUCCGGCCUGUCUUGCUGGAGAGGAUUGCAGGCGUAUGCCAAGCGUGAGGCGCGAGGUUUUGACGUAGGCGACUAGCAUGGCAAAUGUCCACGCUGUAAGCCCAACAGCACCACAAACCGCCUGCAUAAUGCGGCGGACCCUCUAGCUUUGCCUUCUUGCAAGACAGACAUCACAAAUUUCCAGACGGAUGCGUUUUCAAUAUGGGGAGGGGGGAUUUUUCGUCACAAUAUCGGGGGCAGAAAUAGUUCCGCAACCGACCAGAACACGACCGCAUCGAACAAGGAGAAGCUACUGGAGAUUUUGGAAGAGCUAGCGGCCGAAACUGCAAAAGAGCUGAUUGCGAAAAAAAAGGAGGCAAAGUGCAUCACGGUGAAGAUCAAGCGGACCAACUUUCAGGUGGAGCAGCGGUCGAAAACUUUGGCAGAGUUUACAGACGCGGCGGAGAAGAUCCGGGAGACCGCGAGGGCGCUGUUUCUGGAAAAGUUCUUUGCCCCCUCGCUGGAGAACAGUAAGGCGGUUUCGGCCUUGACCGGAUUGUUCGCCGGUGGAAGUAGCAGCACCGGGGGAGGAGCAUUUUUGCCCGCGGUCGGAGAGAAGAAAUUGGAACUGAGGCUCUUGGGUGUGCGAGCAUCCACUCUGCGAGACAAGAUCUGA